GCUACAUAAAUUUGUUUGUCAACCCUCUUUCUUCUACCUAAUCUACUCCCAUCAACUCUUUCACCUUAUAUAUAUCAAACUGAUAUGAUCACCAGCUUUUACUUUUAACUUUAGAAAAACUACAAAGCCAAUAAUAAGGCUAGCUAUCAUUCAUAAUUAUCAGAGAAAAUCCUCUUCUGAGAGCUUGAAAAAUGGAGAAUAAUCAUGACUCUCAGGUGAAGGAUUCAGAGAGCCGAGGGAGCUCUAGGCGAAUCUCGUUCAGUGGUCCUUUAGUCUCUGGCAAGAAAUUAUCAGGGAGCCGAAGAAGUGCAAGGUUCAAAGAUGAGACUAAUGGGAACAAUCCCUACAUUGAAAUAACUCUAGAUGUUGCCAAUGAUUCUCUUUUGGUACAUAACAUAAAGGGCACUCCUGAUCAAGAAGCGGCCUUAAUAGCUAACCGAAUAGAGAAGCAUCCUUCAUCCUUGUCGACUCAGCUCUCCUCUAAGCUGAGACAGAUUUCAAGAGAUCUAAAGAGCAGCUUUUCGUCGUCUAAGAGAAGUACUCACUCGAAUAACAAGGUUAAGCAUAGUGCUUCAGGAGCUGCACAGGCCAUUAUGGGGUUGAGGUUUAUGCACAAAAAUACAGGGAAUGGUGAUGGAUGGUCUGAGGUGGAGGCAAGAUUUGAUGAACUCUCCGUCGAUGGCCUGCUGCCUAGAUCUUCCUUUGGAAAAUGCAUAGGAGUGAAAGAGUCUGCUGAAUUUAUGGGGGAACUGUUUGAUGCCUUGGCUCGAAGACGGGGCAUAACUUCAUCCCAUGUUACCAAGGAUCAGUUGCAUGAAUUCUGGAAACAGAUUACAGACACAAGUUUUGAUGCUAGGCUGCAAACCUUCUUUGACAUGGUGGACAAGGAUGCUGAUGGAAGAAUCACCCAAGAUGAAGUUAAAGAGAUCAUUACAUUGAGUGCUUCUGCAAAUAAGCUGACAAAAAUCGUAGAGUGUGCGGAUGAGUAUGCAGCUCUGAUAAUGGAAGAACUUGAUCCUAAUAAUCUUGGAUACGUCGAGAUGUACAAUGUGGAAAUGCUCCUACUGAGAGCCCCUCAUGAGGCAGCCUUCUCUGGAACAGAAAGUAGGAUGUUGAGCAAUUUGAUAAGCGAAAAACUUGUCCCACCAAAAGAUGAAGGCUUGAUCAGAAGAGGUUUCCGGAGAAUUGGCUACUUCAUACAUGACAACUGGAAGAGACUUUGGGUUCUCUGCUUGUGGCUUUUAAUCUGUGUAGGGCUAUUCACAUGGAAAUUCAAUCAGUACAAGAAUAGAGCAGUGUUUCAUGUCAUGGGCUACUGUGUUUGUACUGCUAAGGGUGGCGCAGAGACAUUGAAAUUCAACAUGGCUCUCAUUCUUUUACCUGUUUGUAGAAACACUAUCACAUGGCUGAGGAGCACGACUAAGUUGGGUCGUAUUAUUCCAUUUGAUGAUAAUGUUAAUUUCCACAAGGUAAUUGCUACUGGAAUUGCUGUUGGAGUUGGCUUACAUGUUAUCCCCCACUUAACAUGUGACUUCCCUCGCCUACUCCAUUCCACAGACGAAGAAUAUGAACCUAUGAAGCGUUUCUUUGGUCAUCAUCCACGUGACUACGAGUGGUUUGUCAGAGGCACUGAGGGUUGGACUGGCAUAACAAUGCUGGUGCUUAUGGCCAUAGCCUUUACAUUAGCCAACCCAAUGUUUCGACAAAAUAGGCUUCAGCUCCCAAAAAUGAUCAAGCGCCUCACAGGAUAUAAUGCAUUUUGGUACUCUCACCAUUUGUUUAUCAUUGUCUAUGUUCUCCUCAUCAUACAUGGAACUUUUGUUUAUCUCUCCAAGGAAUGGUACCAUAAAACAACAUGGAUGUAUGUUGCUGUUCCGAUGAUCUUAUAUGCUAUCGAACGAUUAAUCCGAGCAUUUAGGUCUGGCCACAGAACUGUGGAAAUUCUCAAGGUUGCUGUAUACCCUGGAAACGUGAUGUCUUUGCAAUUCACUAAACCUCGAAAAUUCAAGUACACUAGUGGCCAAUAUAUUUUUGUCAACUGCUCAAAAGUUUCUCCAGCUGAAUGGCAUCCAUUUUCGCUUACUUCAGCUCCACCAGACGAUCAUCUAAGCCUUCAUAUCCGAACAGCAGGUGACUGGACAUCACAGCUGAAAACAGUUUUCUCUCAGGCAUGUCAACCUUCUGGUAAUGAUCAAAGCGGACUCUUAAGAGCAGACAUUGCACAACAGAACAAUAAUAUACCAAGGUUGCCUAAGCUCUUAAUCGACGGUCCCUAUGGAGCUCCUGCACAAGACUACAAAGAAUACGACAUCCUCCUCCUCAUCGGCCUUGGUAUCGGUGCAACCCCUUUGAUCAGCAUUGUCAAAGAUGUUCUUUACCACAUCAAACAACAGCGAGAAGAAGAAUUGGGAAUUAUUGAAAGUGGCACAAAUAAUCAUAAGGCCAAAGAGCCAUUCAACACUACAAAUGCCUACUUCUACUGGGUGACUCGUGAGGAAGGCUCAUUCGAGUGGUUUAAAAAUGUGAUGAAUGAGGUCGCGGAAAAGGAUACAGAGCACGUAAUUGAGCUGCACAAUUACUGCACAAGUGUCUAUGAAGAAGGCGAUGCACGGUCCGCUUUGAUUGCCAUGCUUCAGUCCUUCCAGCAUGCUAAAAAUGGCGUGGAUAUUGUAUCAGGCACGCGUGUCAGGACACAUUUUGCCAGGCCUAAUUGGCGUAACGAAUUCAAGCAUGUUGCAGUUAAACAUCCUGAUAAACGAGUUGGAGUGUUCUACUGUGGUGCUCCGGCUUUGAUUCCGGAGCUGAGGCACUUGUCCCAUGACUUCUCUCGAAAAACAACAACAAAGUUUGAUUUUCACAAGGAGAAUUUCUGAAAACUACAUAUGUACAAGUACAUUCUAUCUCUAUUUUCAUUGAUAUCAUGCAUGUAAUAUUAAAGCAUGAUAUAUAUAUGAGUUAGCUUAUUCAUGCCUUGUAUUGGAUUACAUACAAGUGUGAUCAAAUAUAAAUUACUGUAAAAUACUAAUAUGAAUUAUCGUAAAUGUUUAUCCAAUAAGUAUGAUAUAAUGUUCUUCUU